CCGGCAGGAAGCCUCGGCGCUCGGCCCGGGGGCGAUCGGCCGGUAGCGCCCCCGGGUCUGUCCCCGGGACGCAAUGGCCCCACCGAGGCCCGGCGCGCCUGCGGGGACUGGGGCGCGUCGGCUGGCUCACCGCUGAGCGGGGUGCAGCUUGGAGAGGCCGGGGUCUCCCUGGGCUCUGGUGGGGGCCGGCGUCAUGGAGCCCCCGGCCUUCCCCUCGGAGAGGAGCCUAUCUCUGUCUCUGCCCGGGCCCCGGGAGGGUCAGGCCACACUGAAGCCGCCACCCCAGCACCUGUGGCGGCAGCCGCGGACCCCUAUCCGUAUCCAGCAGCGCGGCUACUCGGACAGCGCGGAGCGCGCCGAACCCGAGCGGUCGCCACACCGGCCCAUAGAGCGCGCCGAUGCCGUGGACACCGGCGACCGGCCUGGCCUGCGCACGUCCCGCAUGUCUUGGCCCUCGUCCUUCCAUGGCAGCGGCGGCGCGGGCGGAGGCAGCUGCAGGCGCUUCGAAGCAGAGAAUGGACCCACAUCAUCACCUGGCCGCAGCCCCCUGGACUCGCAGGCGAGCCCAGGCCUCGUGCUGCAUGCUGGGGCAGCCACCAGCCAGCGCCGUGAAUCCUUUCUCUACCGCUCGGACAGCGACUAUGACAUGUCACCCAAGACUAUGUCCCGGAACUCAUCGGUCACCAGCGAGGCGCACGCUGAGGACCUCAUCGUGACGCCAUUUGCCCAGGUGCUGGCCAGCCUCCGGAGCGUUCGCAGCAACUUCUCUCUGCUGACCAAUGUGCCCAUUCCCAGUAACAAGCGGUCCCCGCUGGGCGGCCCAACCUCUGUCUGCAAGGCCACGCUGUCAGAGGAGACGUGCCAGCAGUUGGCUCGAGAGACACUGGAAGAGCUGGACUGGUGUCUGGAGCAGCUGGAGACCAUGCAGACCUACCGCUCAGUUAGCGAGAUGGCGUCCCACAAGUUCAAAAGGAUGCUAAACCGAGAACUCACACACCUGUCAGAGAUGAGCAGGUCGGGAAAUCAGGUCUCCGAGUACAUCUCCACAACAUUCCUGGACAAGCAGAAUGAAGUGGAGAUCCCAUCACCCACAAUGAAAGAUCGGGAAAAACAGCAAGUGUUCCGGCAAAGAUCCUCCCAGCAGCCCCCACCCCCUGGGCCACAGUUCCAGCCCAUGUCUCAGAUUACCGGGGUGAAGAAGCUGAUGCACAGCAGCAGCCUGAACGAUUCCAGCAUCCCCCGAUUUGGAGUGAAGACAGACCAAGAAGAGCUCCUGGCCCAAGAACUGGAGAACCUGAACAAGUGGGGCCUGAACAUCUUUUGUGUCUCAGAUUAUGCCGGAGGCCGCUCCCUCAGCUGCAUCAUGUACACGAUAUUCCAGGAGCGGGACCUGUUAAAGAAGUUCCGAAUCCCAGUGGACACGAUGGUGACAUACAUGUUGACUCUGGAGGACCACUACCAUGCUGACGUGGCCUACCACAACAGCCUGCAUGCAGCCGACGUUCUGCAGUCCACCCACGUGCUGCUGGCCACACCCGCGCUGGACGCUGUGUUCACUGAUUUGGAGAUUCUCGCGGCCCUCUUUGCCGCUGCCAUUCACGACGUGGACCACCCUGGUGUCUCCAACCAGUUCCUCAUCAACACCAAUUCUGAGCUGGCGCUCAUGUACAACGACGAGUCCGUGCUGGAGAACCACCACCUGGCUGUGGGCUUCAAGCUGCUGCAGGAGGACAACUGCGACAUCUUCCAGAAUCUCAGCAAGCGCCAGCGGCAGAGCCUGCGCAAGAUGGUCAUUGAUAUGGUGCUGGCCACGGACAUGUCCAAGCACAUGACCCUCCUGGCUGACCUGAAGACCAUGGUGGAGACCAAGAAAGUGACCAGCUCAGGGGUUCUCCUGCUGGACAACUACUCUGACCGCAUCCAGGUCCUGCGGAACAUGGUUCACUGUGCAGACCUCAGCAACCCCACCAAGCCGCUGGAGCUGUACCGCCAAUGGACGGACCGCAUCAUGGCUGAGUUCUUCCAGCAAGGUGACCGCGAACGAGAGCGGGGCAUGGAGAUCAGCCCCAUGUGUGACAAGCACACAGCCUCUGUGGAGAAGUCUCAGGUGGGUUUCAUCGACUAUAUUGUACACCCGCUAUGGGAGACCUGGGCCGACCUGGUUCACCCAGAUGCCCAGGAGAUCCUGGACACACUGGAAGACAACCGGGACUGGUACUACAGCGCCAUUCGGCAGAGCCCAUCACCGCCACCUGAGCAGGAGCCAGGCCACCCACAGCUGCCCGAUAAGUUCCAGUUUGAGCUGACACUAGAAGAAGAAGAGGAGGAAGAGGCCUCUGCUGUCCCAGGAGCAUUAGAAACACAAGAACUGCCCUCGGCCCAGGCUGCAGCCCCAGCCGAGGCACCCUUCACAGCUGAGGCCCAUGGCCAGGACAUGCCCACGGAGGCGGAGGGAGAGGAAGCGUGCCUGACACAGCCGGCUGUCUUAGCAGGCCGUGUGGCUAUGGGCCAGGAGGGGUUCACGUGCCCAGAUGUGUCCAUGGAAGUAGUAGGCUGCAACAGCCCCCCUGCCUUGUCUCCAGAGAGCACCCCUCUGCCUGCCUUGAGGACCCCAUCCCCUCCAGAGGAGGCCCCGGGCCUCCUGGGCCUCCCCUCUAUGGUGGCCGAGGUGGGGGCCCAGAAAGAGCACCUGGCUGCCAAGAGGGCAUGCUGUGCCUGCCCGGGGGCUUCUGCCCAGGACCCACCCCCUCUCCCAGCUCCUGGCGGCGGGGGGUCUGCUGGAGGCCCUACCUGAGCCCCAGCCCUAACACCCUAUCGCCCUCCCUGACACCUUUCACCGCCAUCACCCCAAAACCACCUCCUCUACUGCCUCAAAGACUCUUGGGCCUCCUGAGAAAAAAGAAAACAGAAAAGUGGGGUUUUUUCUCUUUUCUUUUUUUCCCCUUUUCCUCCACCCCCAUCCUUGGGGCCUCUUUUUGGAGGUGGGGGCUGGGGAAUGAGGGACUGAGGUCCUGGAAGGGAUUUUAUUUUUUGAAUUUUAAUUGUUACAUUUUUAGAAAAAGAAAAAAAAAGAAAAAAAUACCAGGAUGAAACACAGCAACUGUAGAUGCUCCUGUUCCCUGCCCCCUGCCCACCGCCCACCCCCUCCCUGAGUUCUGUCUUCCGGCCUCUUGGCUCUUGCCUGGGUCUAAGCAGACUUUUCUUCUGCGUUUGGGAGGGUCGCUAGAACACAGCCAGGAAUAGCCAUUCUGGGUGGGGCUGGGGGGUGGUCAUUGCAGGAGGCCCCAGCUCCGGCCCUUCUCAGGCAAGCUGUCCCCCCAAGUCUUCCGCCUCAUUUUGCACAAACCCGGCAAUACUGACUUGGUCGGGCAGGGGGAGCUGUGCACUUUAGGGUGCAGGGGGGUGUUAAAGGCACACUGACACCACCUGCCUUGGGUCUGAGGAGGGCCUGCUUCCGCCCUUGCUUGCCACGCCCUUCUUCAACUUGGGUUCUGUUUGAAUUUUCUCCGUUUUGGUGUUGGGGGGGCAGCUCCAUGGUGCACCCCUCCUUCCAGCUGCUUCUCCUUUUGUUUUUGCCUUAAUGAUUCCCAUGGCCAUAGGAGAAGGGGUCGCAGUGACUCCCCCCUGCACCUGGGGUGAGGUGGGGCCAGGCCCAGAACCCCCCAUCUUGGGAACGUUCCCUCUACCCCAGCAUCCUCCUGCCCCCCUCCCAGACCCUGUGCCCUAGGAGGAAGCAAUAACGUGUAUCCCCACACCCCCUUUCUGGGCAGCCCUUCCUUCCCACCCUGGCACCAAAGUCAUUUUCUUAUGUCCCCAUCUCGUCGAGCCUCUCCCUCUCUCCCCAACCAUUCCCUGAGCAAUAUGACAGACAGAUGCAAGGCCAUUUCUCUCCAAAUCAUGGGGGGGGGGGGGACUGUUUGGAAGAAAAGGCCCCCUCUUCCCUCCCUACACUCCUUGGCUGCCCCGUUCUGCAAGCAGGCAGGGCAGGGUGUCUCAUCGCCCUCCCCUCCAAUUCUGAGCACAUGGUACUGUAGCCCCUGCCCCCACUGCCCUCAACCUUCCAUUUGUCUGUCCAUCCAGUGGGGUGUACCACCUACUUCCACCCCCUUGAUGCUGUACAGGGUUCAUUUUUGUAGCAAAAGUAGUUUUUGUCCCAGCCGGUGACCGGAAUGGGCUUUUUGUUUUGUUUUGUUUUCUUUCUUUCUUUCUUUCUUUUUUUUUUUUUUUUUUUUUGUAUAUACUGUAAGGUUGGUUUGUAAAUUAUUCUAGAGGCAAAAAGGGAAAAUAAACUUGCCCUUCCCUGACUGACAUAGUCAAGGAAGGGAGAGGAGGGGGUCUCCCAGAGGGAGAGUCUCCGAUUCUGCUGUAUUAUACAAAUUGUACCAUAGACCCCACACACACACACCAGUGGGUGGACUCUGCCGCUGCCUGAUGGGAAGCCUUGUGUCAUAGUGAGGCAGGGAGGGCUGGGCGCAGCCUGCCCCUCCCCCUCCCGCAGGGCUGGGUGGGACUGAUCAGAGGGGACCUCACUGCCAUCAGGACUCCUCUCCCUGGGGGUGGGGGUGUAGGUGGGGCAUAGGACCCCCGUGAGCUGUUUGUGUGUUGUCCACUUUGAUGACUAACCAGUCGGUCUGUUGAUCGAUAAUCAAUCCUUCAAUCCUGUCUCCAAUUAAACUGAGGCUUU